AGUAAGGCCUGAAUGUGCAGACGACUUGAUAUGGGAAAACUUCACGUGACAAGAGAAGAUAUUACUCCUUUACUUUGGAAUGAAUAAAAACCAGUGAGCUUACAACUUCCUUUCAAAAGACGAUAAAAUGGCAGAAAAAGGUGAAUUGAAACAGGAAAAUAAGUCGGCUUUACAACGGAACUUUUUAAGGCAAUUCCGAGAUAAGGAGACCAGAGAAUUUAAACAAAUUUCCGCCAGUCAAUUCAUGGACGUGUGGAAUCAUUAUGACUCGGAUGGGAACGGCUACAUCGAGGACAAGGAGUUAGAUGGCUUCCUCAAGGAGCUCGUCACUAGCGUCAAUAGCGCAGACGUGGGACCAGAGGUUGUAUCGGAGUCAGCGCUGAAAGAUGCCAAGAAACUCGUGCUCAACGCCUUUGACGAAAACAACGAUGGUCGAAUUGAUAUUGCCGAGCUUGCUCAAAUUCUUCCGAUGGAACAGAACUUCCUGCUGCUGUUUCGGCGAGACCAUCCACUGGAUUCAAGCGUCGAAUUCAUGAAGAUCUGGCGAGAGUAUGACAGCGACCACAGCGGUUUCAUAGAAGCAGACGAACUCAAGAAUUUUCUGUACGACCUGUUAAAACAGUCAGAGAGGGAGAAUGACGUUUCCGAGGAGCAGCUCAUCGUUUACGCUGAUACCAUGCUGCAGCUGUUUGAUAGAAACAAGGAUGGCAAGCUACAGUUGAGCGAAAUGGCAAAGUUGCUUCCUGUAAGGGAAAACUUCCUUUGUCGUCCAAUAUUUAAGCGCAAAAGUGGCGGAUGGUACAUGGGCUGCAGCCGACUAAAUUCGGACGAUAUUGACAGGGUCUUCAACCUUUAUGAUGUGGAUCACAAUGGAUAUAUUGAGAAUGAUGAACUCCACGGCUUCCUUAAGGACUUGAUGGAACUCGUCGAGGACGAUUAUGACGCCGACGACCUGCUGGACUGCCAGAAGAUCCUGCUGGACAAGUGUGAUAUGAACAGGGACGGGAAGAUCAACAAGGAGGAGCUAACAAUGGUCCUCACUUCCUGCAACAAGAACAGCACCGUAGAGGAACCCAAGGUUUGAGUCACGUGGUACACAUGUUUUGGUGACGUUCAAGCGUUGAACAUCGCGUGAUGUGAACUUUUCAGAGUCACGUGACCAAUGACGAAAAAAAUGGCUUCCCCGUAGACGAGCGGGUCGUGGUCACUUGGAUAUUAUGUACAUAAUUUUCCUUUAUUUUAAUUAGGUGAAGUUUUUUUGCAUAUCAUCAAUGCAUAUUUCUCGUCUCGUUUCCUUGAAAUUAUUCUUUUUACGAACCCUCGAAAAAACAUUGUUAUGAGAAUGUGUUGGAUAAAAGAUUUUCCCAAUAUAUUAUCAUAUCAUGAAUACCACAAAGUGCGAAUUAUGCACAGUUAAUAGACAAUAUUUAAUUGCAAACUACGAAUCAUUGCCACAUAUAUGUCACAUUCGACGAAGUUAUUCAGUAUUUGCUUUUGAUUUUUUACUGAAUAAGACUGUUCAAAUGCAAACAAUAUUGUUGUUUUUGUUGUGUGUUUUUUUCUUUCUAGAACAUUCAUAUCAGUUAAUUUCAGUGUUCUGAUGCUGUAUUUACUGCUUAAAGGCAGCUUAUUUUUAAGUAGUGUGUAAAGGUAGCAUAUUUUGUAAUGUUUUUUUUAAAUAUUAAUUACCGUAACAUAUUUACAUGUACUAUGUGUAGCAUUAUAAAUGUUCUUCGUUGGUUUGUCAGUGAUAGGUAUUAUUCUAGAGUUGCCAUGUGUGUGUGUAGUGUUGUAGACGAGCUUAAAAUUGAGCUUGGACAAUCAACGAAUAUCAAACCCCAGCAUUUAAAUGUGCGUUUUUCGUUAUGGAAUUAUGUUUUAAUAUAACGUUAAAAUACAAUUUAAAGAAAAGUGUAAUGUUAAACAAAAUCGUAAGCCCUUGUGUUGUUGUGUUUUAUUUCCGAUUUUUUGCUUAGAAUUUAUAGAGAAAAAAACAUUGUUAUUUGUGAUCAAACAUCGGCUAUAGAUAAAAACAUUUUUUUUUUAAUUCGACAUCAUAAUGGAUAUGUCAAUCUUUGUAUUUGUUUUAUUAUGGAUUUCGUUUAUUUUAAACAGUUAGUUUUAUCAUUUUUGUCUUCUAUUGUUUCAUGAAUUCGGAAGUUUAGAAAAUUGUCAUAGACGAACGCUUAAGAGAAAAUCAAUCGACCAUUUAAAUGCAAUUGGUCUUUUUCAAAGAGAACUUAUAGCAAUUCGGUCGUCUGAAAAUGAUAUGCUAUUUAUACAACAUAUUUAUUUGUUUGCUUUACAAAAUAAAUUCCCUAGAAUUGUG